GCAGGCCAAGGAGGACUGGUCCCCGGAGGUCCUCAACCGUCCUGCCGGGCCGGAGUGCUCCACCCGUCCUAGAGAGAGGCGUGGGGAGGAAGAAGCAGUGAGGAAAGCAACCGGGAGGCACCAUGUUCCGCAAGAAGAAGAAGAAACGCCCCGAGAUCUCGGCCCCACAGAACUUCCAGCACCGUGUCCACACCUCCUUCGACCCCAAGGAAGGCAAGUUCGUGGGCCUGCCCCCACAAUGGCAGAACAUUCUGGACACACUGCGGCGCCCCAAGCCCGUGGUGGACCCUUCACGCAUCACGAGGGUGCAGCUCCAGCCCAUGAAGACGGUGGUGCGGGGCAGCUCAGUGCCCGCCGACGGCUACAUCUUAGGGCUGCUCAACGACAUCCAGAAGUUGUCGGUCACCAGCUCCAACACCCUCCGUGGCCGCAGCCCCACCAGCCGGCGGAGGGCCCAGUCCCUGGGGCUGCUGGGGGAUGAGCACUGGGCCGCUGACCCAGACAUGUACCUGCAGAGCCCCCAGUCCGAGCGCACUGACCCCCACGGCCUCUACCUCAGCUGCAACGGAGGCACCCCAGCCGGCUACCGGCAGGCGCCAUGGCCGGAACCGCAGACCCCCCGGGUCCUGCCCAAUGGGCUGGCCGCAAAGGCCCAGUCCCUGGGCCCUGCCGAGUUCCAGGGCGCCACUCAGCGCUGCCUGCAGCUGGCCACCUGCCUGCAACCCUCCCCGCCGGCCGCCUCUGGCAGGCAUGGAACCAAGGUCGCCAGGCACAGCUCUGAGGAGAGCCGGCCGCAGUCCUGCCUGGUGGGCCCGGCGGCGGGCAGGCCCGGCGGGGAGGGCACUCCGAGCCCCAAAGCCCAGGAAAGCAGCCUGAAGCGACGACUCUUCUGGAGUAUGUUCCUGUCCGCUGCCCCCGGCCCGCUCAGCAGCAAGUCAGGCCCCCCACCCCAGAGCAAGCCCAGCUCCUCAUUCCGACCGCCCCAGAAAGACUCGCCACCCAACCCGGUGGCCAAGGCCCAGUCAUUGCCGCCGGACCAGCCCGCGGGGCCCUUCAGCCCCCUGCCCCCCUCCGACACCAGCAGCCCCCACAAGCCUCCGCGCACGGUCCCGCCCGCCGGUCCCCCGCCCCGCCGCUCAUCCCCCGCGGGCUCACCCCGCACCCGGCACGCCCAGAUCAGCACCAGCAACCUGUACCUGCCCCAGGACCCCGCGGCCGCCAAGGGGGCCCUGGUGGGCGAGGACCCGGGGGUGGUGACGCACGAGCAGUUCAAGGCUGCGCUCAGGAUGGUGGUGGACCAGGGCGACCCCCGGCUGCUGCUGGACAGCUACGUGAAGAUCGGCGAGGGCUCCACCGGCAUCGUCUGCCUGGCGCGUGAGAAGCACUCGGGCCGCCAGGUGGCCGUGAAGAUGAUGGACCUCAGGAAGCAACAGCGCCGGGAGCUGCUCUUUAACGAGGUGGUGAUCAUGCGGGACUACCAGCACCUCAACGUGGUGGAGAUGUACAAGAGCUACCUGGUGGGCGAGGAGCUGUGGGUGCUGAUGGAGUUCCUGCAGGGCGGGGCACUCACCGACAUCGUCUCUCAAGUCAGACUGAGCGAGGAGCAGAUCGCCACCGUGUGUGAGGCCGUUCUGCAGGCCCUGGCUUACUUGCAUGCCCAGGGAGUCAUCCACCGGGACAUCAAGAGUGACUCCAUCCUGCUGACCCUUGACGGCAGGGUGAAACUCUCAGACUUCGGAUUCUGUGCGCAGAUCAGCAAAGACGUCCCCAAGAGGAAGUCGCUGGUGGGCACCCCCUAUUGGAUGGCCCCUGAAGUGAUCUCCAGGUCCCUGUAUGCCACUGAGGUGGACAUCUGGUCUCUGGGCAUCAUGGUGAUUGAGAUGGUGGACGGAGAGCCCCCAUACUUCAGCGAUUCCCCCGUGCAAGCCAUGAAGAGGCUUCGGGACAGCCCCCCGCCCAAGCUGAAGCAUUCUCACAAGGUUUCCCCAGUGCUGCGAGAUUUCCUGGAUCGGAUGCUGGUGCGGGACCCCCAGGAGAGAGCCACAGCCCAGGAGCUCCUGGACCACCCCUUCCUGCUGCAGACGGGGCUCCCCGAGUGCCUGGUGCCCCUGAUCCAGCUGUAUCGCAAGCAGACCUCCGCCUGCUGAGCCCCCCGGAGUGCGCCUGCGCCCACAGGCAGGGCCCCCCCGGGCUGGGGC